AUGCUCUCCAAGAUAUUUAAAAAACAAGACAAGACUGAAAAGUCUGACAAAUCUGAACUUGGAAGUUCUUUCGAGCAUGACAAAACCAUUCAAAGUAUUGAUUUAUUACGAUGUUCACCUGGUAUGGCUGAUUUAUUCAGACGGUUAUAUCAAAUACGAAUCGAUUGUGGUGAAAUUGUGAGCGAUGGAGUGGAUAAACAAAAACAAAAGGAAAUGGAAAAGCAAUUGAAGAAAUUGGAUAAAUUCGAACGACAAAAAGUACUGGUAAAAACUGCUAUCGAUCAAACCGAAACCCUCAUCAAUCAAAAGAAAAAAGUCAAUGACAAUGAUCCUCGUCUCAACAAUGACAUUAACAAAGCCAUUACUAAAAUGGAAAAGGAAACGCGAGAAUUAGAAAAAAUUCAUCAAGAUGCCCUCAAUAAGAAAACUCUAUGGAAAGAAGUUCAAAUGCCAGUUGAAAUGAGAAAACAACGAGAAACCGAUAUUAAAAACUUUAAACUCUAUGUCAAGUGUUUGAAACAAGAAUAUACGAAAUUGCUUACUGGAAAUAUUAAAUAUUAUGGUGAGGAGGAUGAUCCCGUCGGAAAGAGAGAAGUUCUAUUUGAAUCACUGGAUAGUUUGGAGAAGGCGAAGGCUGAAAUUCCAACUGUUGAUAUUUCUGAAGGUUUGGAACAAAUUGAAAUGGCCAAACGACAAAUGGAAGAAAAGACUGAUAUUCUCUUAGGACAGAUUCAAAAGAUUGGUCAAAUUGCUCAUACACUCUCCGAUGAAUUGGAUAAACAAGCUCAAUUAUUGGACAAGAUGGCUGCCGAUGUGGAUAAAUAUAACAAGACAUUGGAUGAAACAAAUGCACGAUUGGUACAGGCCAUACACAAAGCUGGAGGAGCCACUCGAUUAUUAUGUAUUUGCGUCAUCUUUAUUGUCAUUGUAGCCUUGUUGGGUGUGGGAUGGCUCUUGUUGGAAAUUUUUGUACCUUCGUUAGGAAUGGGUGUGGGAUGA